AAACCAAAAUUAAGGGGAAAAGAGGGGGAAGUAAGCCACAUAAAUCUGACCCACAGCACAAGCAUCUCAAUUUGAAUCCACAAAGUUUUGGAUAAUGAAAAGAAAUACAUAAUUUUAAUUCAAGCCAAGUGUUUUCCAAGCAGAUUAUAUUUGCUUAAAUUGCUACAGUAAUUCAAGGACAGCCCUGUCUGGACACACAGUCACUGUGGAUUUUUAAGAGACUCAGUUAAAGAAUUUAGGAAUAUCUGAUUCAAUUUACAGGAUUUGCAAAUUCAUCAACCCCUGAAAACUAAAGCAAACUCAACAGGACAAAAAAAAAAAAAAAAAAAAAAAAAAGAACAUGGGCUUUUUAAGUCCAGCAUGUGUCCUUUUCUGCUUUUUUGGAGUCAAAGUAUACUGCCAAUAUGAAAAUUAUCAAUGGGAUGAAGAUUAUGAUCAAGAGCCAGAUGAUGUCUACCAACCAGAAUUUCAAUUUCAUCAGAAUGAGGACUAUCAAGUUCCUUUUCAUCAGUACAUGUUAGGCUGUGCCACUGAAUGCUUCUGCCCACCCAACUUUCCAUCAUCAAUGUACUGUGACAAUCGCAAACUCAAGACUAUCCCGCGUGUCCCAGCUCACAUACAGCAAGUCUAUCUUCAGUUCAACGAAAUUGAGGCUGUGACUGCAGAUUCAUUCAUCAAUGCAACUUAUCUUAAAGAAAUCAAUCUCAGCCACAACAAGAUUACAUCUCAAAAGAUCGAUUAUGGUGUGUUUGCUAAGUUGUCGAAUCUACUACAACUUCAUCUACAGCAUAACAACUUAGAAGAAUUUCCAUUUCCUCUUCCCAAGUCUUUGGAAAGACUUCUUCUUGGCUACAAUGAGAUCUCCAGAUUGCAGACAAAUGCCAUGGACGGGCUAGUAAACUUGACAAUGCUUGAUCUCUGUUAUAAUCAUCUUGAAGAUUCCAUGUUACAAGAAAACAUACUUGCUAAAAUGAAAAAAUUAAUGCAGCUCAACUUAUGUAAUAACAGAUUAGAAUCCAUGCCUCCUGGUCUGCCUUCUUCACUUAUGUACCUGUCUUUAGAAAAUAACUCAAUUUCUUCCAUACCAGAAAAUUACUUCAGUGAACUUCCAAAACUUAAUGCUCUACGAAUGUCACACAACAAACUACAAGACAUCCCAUACAAUAUUUUUAAUCUUUCCAACCUUAUAGAGCUCAAUGUUGGACACAACAAACUGAAACAAGCAUUCUAUAUUCCAAGGAAUUUACAACACCUAUACCUAGAAAAUAACGAAAUUGAAAAUAUCAAUGUUACAGUGAUGUGUCCAUCUAUUGACCCACUACAUUACCACCAUUUAACAUACAUUCGUAUGGACCAAAAUAAACUAAAAGAGCCAAUAAGCUCAUACAUUUCCCUCUGCUUCCCUCUUCUACACACUAUUUAUUAUGGUGAGCAAAGAAGCACUGAUGGUCAAACAAUACAGCUGAAGACCCAAGUUUUCAGGAGAUUUCAAGGUGAUGCAGAUAGUGAAGAACGUGAUGAUCAACAAGAAGGUCCAGAACAAGAAGAAACAGAAGAAAACAUUGACCCUCACUAUUAUGGAAGUUAAGAAUGACAAGAAACUAUAGGUAUACAUUUAUGAUUUUAUACAUUAUUCAAUAUAAACUUAACUAAACAUGGAUAGCUUACACUAAUAUCUAGAAUCAUGUAUUAGUAUAAGAUCAGACCGAAUUUAAGUUCUUGGUAACAUCUGCAUCAUUACAUAAGGUUCGAACCUACUUAAAAUGAUACAAGUCUUCAGAAAUAUAAAUCAGAAUGACAAGUGGGAAUAAAAACUCAACUUUAGGGGUGCCAGGGUGGCUCAGUAGGUUGAGCGUCCAACUCUUGAUUUUGGCUCAGGUCAUGAUCUCAUGGUUCCUGAGACUGAGCCCUGCCUGCAUCGGGCUCUGCACUGACAGCCUGGAGCCUGCUUGGGAUAUUCUCUCUCUCUCUCUCUCUCUCUCUCUCUCUCUCUCUCUCUCCCCCCACCCCCCAUCCAGUGCUUGCGCACACAAUCUCUCUCCUCAAAAUACAUAAAAUAAAAUGUAAAAAAAACCCUUAACUUUCAACAUAACAAUAUUAUCAAGCUGAGAACAAAGUAUGCCAUCUCAAGUAAAAGUAACUGUUCUAAGAGUGAUGAAAACAAUAGCAUUAGAAGCUGAGAACUACAGGCCCUCUGCUUUGAAUCACUAGGAGGACAGUGUUGAGCCUCCCCAAGUGACAUUCAUGUGAUGGGCAGUCAUUCAUUUAGGAGUAAGUUGUUUUCUUCAACCUGGCCUCCAG